AUGAGUCAUUAUUCUGAUGCACAAGAUGUCGAGUUUUCAACUGCAGUUGCAGCAGCUGCAUUUGCUAUUCACUCCAAUGAAGAAGCUAGAUUACAGUAUCAAAAAGGGAUGAGGGAAAGCCUUCAGAUCUCAAGGACGAAGACUUUGCAGGAUGCCAUGGCCGGGCGGCCAAGUUCUGGUGAAUUGAAUAGGCGAUUAUCAAACAAAGAAGCAAAGAAUGCUGGUGAAGCUUCAAUGAGAAAGCCAGUGGGGCAGGAUCAAAGAACAUUAAAGAGUGCUUUUCCAUCUAGGUAUCCGAAUCGUGCAUCCUCUACAAGGCCUUCAACUCCUGCAGAUGGAUACCAAAACCGAAAGGGAAGUUCAACAGGACAUAAUACUCUGGAAACUGAAGCAGAUGCUUGGGAGAAAGCUCAGAUUAAGAAGAUCCAGAGGCGGUAUGAGAAAGUGAAAUCUGCAAUUCUUGCUUGGGAACAUGAGAAGAAGAUGCAAGCAAAAAUUAAGAUGGAGAAGAGAAAGAGUGAAUUGGAGCAGAGAAGAGCAAGCAACAUGCAACAUUACCAAAUCAAGCAAACAAGAAUUGACCAGAUAGCAGGAGGAGCAAGGGCACAAAUGGAAGAGAAAAGAAGAAAUGAAGAGUCCAAGGUGAGAGAAAAGGUUAAAAGGAUUAGAUCAAAAGGCAAAGUUCCUGUUAAAUGUUUCUGCUUCACUUGCUACUAG